GGCUCCCUGUCGGACACAGCUCGCACACUCUGCAGCUAAAGCCCUCUGUGUGGUUUGGAGCGGUUUUAUUAGAGGAGAGGACGCUUGGCGUUGACGAGGCAGCGGACGACAUGCCUGCGGUUUCUAAAGGGGAUGGGAUGCGGGGCCUGGCCGUGUUCAUCUCCGACAUCAGGAACUGUAAAAGUAAAGAGGCAGAGAUAAAGAGGAUAAACAAAGAACUGGCCAAUAUCCGUUCCAAAUUUAAAGGAGACAAGGCUCUAGACGGCUACAGUAAAAAAAAGUAUGUCUGCAAGCUGCUCUUUAUCUUCCUUCUGGGCCAUGACAUCGACUUUGGACACAUGGAGGCUGUCAACCUCCUCAGCUCCAACAAGUACACAGAGAAACAAAUUGGCUACCUGUUCAUCUCCGUGCUGGUGAACUCCAACAGCGACCUGAUCCGUCUGAUCAACAACGGCAUCAAGAAUGACCUGGCCAGCCGCAACCCGACCUUCAUGAACCUGGCCCUGCACUGCAUUGCUAAUGUGGGCAGCAGAGAAAUGGCCGAGGCUUUUGCUUCUCAAAUCCCCAGCAUCUUGGUGGCAGGGGACACGAUGGACAGCGUGAAGCAGAGUGCAGCACUGUGUCUGCUACGGCUCAACAGGACGUCCCCUGACCUGGUCCCCAUGGGCGAAUGGACAGCACGAGUGGUCCAUCUGCUAAAUGAUCAGCACCUGGGAGUCGUGACAGCAGCCGCCAGCCUCAUCACCACUCUAGCCCAGAAGAGCCCCGAGGACUUCAAAACAUCCAUCUCACUGGCUGUGGCCAGGCUCAGUAGGAUUGUGACUUCGGCGUCCAUCGACCUACAGGACUAUACGUACUACUUUGUUGCCGCGCCAUGGUUGUCCGUCAAAUUGCUGCGCCUGCUACAGUGCUACACUCCACCCGAGGAUGCGGCGCUGCGAAGCCGCCUGACAGAGUGUCUGGAGACCAUCCUCAACAAAGCCCAGGAACCGCCCAAGUCCAAGAAGGUCCAGCACUCCAACGCGAAGAACGCUGUUCUGUUUGAAGCCAUCGCCCUCAUCAUCCACUACGACAGUGAGCCCACCCUGUUGGUACGAGCCUGCAACCAGCUGGGCCAGUUUCUGCAGCACAGGGAAACCAAUCUCCGUUAUCUGGCUUUGGAGAGCAUGUGCACACUGGCCAGCUCCGAGUUCUCUCACGAGGCAGUGAAGACGCACAUAGAUACCGUGAUCAACGCUCUGAAGACGGAGCGAGAUGUGAGCGUUCGCCAGCGGGCCGUGGAUCUGCUCUAUGCCAUGUGCGACCGCAGCAACUCCAAGCAGAUCGUGGCAGAGAUGCUGAGCUACCUGGAGAACGCCGACUACUCGAUCAGAGAGGAGAUAGUGCUCAAGGUGGCGAUCCUGGCAGAGAAAUACGCCGUGGACUACACCUGGUACGUGGACACCAUUCUCAACCUCAUCCGCAUGGCCGGCGACUACGUCAGCGAGGAGGUGUGGUACCGCGUCAUCCAGAUCGUCAUAAACCGAGAUGACGUCCAAGGCUACGCAGCCAAGACCGUCUUUGAGGCGCUGCAGGCUCCCGCCUGCCAUGAGAACCUGGUCAAGGUGGGGGGUUACAUCCUGGGAGAGUUUGGCAACCUUAUUGCUGGUGACUCACGCUCCAGCCCUCUGGUCCAGUUUGACCUCCUCCACUCCAAGUUCCACCUGUGCUCUGUGCCAACUCGGGCUCUGCUGCUGUCGGCCUACAUCAAGUUCAUCAACUUGUUUCCAGAAGUCAAGGCCACGAUCCAAGAAGUCCUGCGCUCAGACAGCCAGCUCCGCAACGCUGACGUGGAGCUUCAGCAGAGAGCCAUCGAGUACCUGAGGCUCAGCUGCAUCGCCAGCACCGACAUAUUGGCAACAGUCUUAGAAGAGAUGCCUCCGUUCCCAGAGAGAGAGUCGUCGAUCCUGGCAAAGCUGAAGAGGAAGAAGGGCCCAGGCAACCUGCCCGACAUCGAUGAUGCCCGGUGGAGCGUCAACGGCAACGCCGAGCACAGCGAGACCACUGAAAGCACAAACAAGUUUUCUCCUUCACUGAUGGCAGACCUUCUCCCCACCAACAGACCCCGCCCUGCCUCCUCUAGUCCCACCAUGUUAUCUGCUGGUACCAUGGGUUCCGCCCACCCCUUCACAGACCUGCUAAAUCUAAACUCCACCCCUUCAGCAGGAGCCAGCGUGCUAGUUGAUGUCUUGUCCGACAUAUCCACCCCUGCAAUCCUAGACGUGUCUGAGGAAAACUUUUCCAGGUUCGUUUGUAAGAAUAACGGUGUUAUCUAUGAGAACCAGCUGCUGCAGAUCGGACUGAAGUCUGAGUACAGGCAGAACCUGGGUCGCAUGUACGUGUUCUUCGGCAACAAGACCUCCAGCCAGUUCCUCAGCUUCUCCUCAUCGGUUACCAGUAGUGACGCUCUCAAGACUCAGCUGAAUAUCCAGACCAAGGCGGUCGACCCCACGGUAGAAGGCGGGGCUCAGCUCCAGCAGAUCCUCAACAUCGAGUGUGUGUCCGAUUUCACAGACGCACCGGUGCUCGACAUCCAGUUCAGAUACGGCGGAGCUCUUCAGAACAUUGCCGUGAAGCUCCCCGUGAUGCUGAACAAGUUUUUUCAGCCCACGGAGAUGACAUCCCAAGACUUCUUCCAGCGCUGGAAACAGCUUGGAGUUCCUCAGCAAGAGGUCCAGACAAUCUUCAAAGCCAGACACCCGAUGGACACAGACGUUACCAAUGCCAAGAUUUUAGGUUUUGGUGUCGCUCUGCUGGAUGGGGUUGAUCCCAAUCCUGCAAACUUUGUUGGAGCUGGAGUCAUUCACACUAAGAACACUCAGGUGGGCUGCCUCCUCAGACUGGAGCCCAACACACAAGCACAGAUGUACCGUCUCACCCUCCGGACCAGCAGGGAGUCUGUGUCUCAGCGACUGUGUGACCUCCUCUCUGACCAGUUUUAGACUCAACGCAGCACCAGUAUUUCUACACCUUUUACUCUCCUAGUCUCUCUUUAGAUAGAAUUGAUGUAUUGUACAGUGUAAAUUCUUUUUUUAUUCUUAUUUUACUUACUCCGCAUGUAAAUGAAGUGAAAUGUAUUUUUCGCACAUAGCUUUACUAAUAUAUAUCACUGCUUUAAGCCUGCCUUGUAUACUCACACUGAGCACCUUAGCCGAGAUGUUGCGGAAGGUGAAAAAAAGGCUCUGAAUGCUUUUCUGCAGUGUUCCGCCGCUCCACAGUUUUGAAAUGGUGUGUUUUAUUGCUCGGGUACUGCCUUUAUCAUCCAAACAUUUUGAAGAGUUUGUUUGGAAGCAUUGAUGAGAUUGAGUUUGUUGAAAAUCUCACUAGCAUUGUAGGCUUAUCAGUGAUCUCAACAGUAAAAUCAGUGGUUCUGAUAGCCUUUCUAUCACACUUUUGUGUGUUUAAAAAAGAUGCACAGAACUGAGAAGCUUUCCUCAACUUCUCGACCAUUUUGCACUUGAAAAAAAAGUAUCACAUAAGUAGAACUACGGAGACAAUUAAGGAAGAAAAACAUUUUCUUCCUUAAUCGAUUUCGAUUUUCUUAGUCUGAUCUGAAUAGUUUUCUCUCCUGUGUUUGAAAAAAAAUAUUUGACAGCAAGUGUUUGUUGUUAUAAUUCUCUUUUUGGUCUCAUGAGGCUUAAGUGCACCACUAACCCAGGUUCUAAAUAGGACUAAAAGCAUUCCCGUUUUACUCUACAUGAGCUUUAUUUUGCGUAAAAUUACAACUCACCUGGAAGAAAACAUGAAUGUACUAAGUGAAGAUGCAAUGAUUGAUCAGCGGCCUAUUGAAACUUAAAGGAUUCCAGAUUUUUCUUUAGAUGAGAAUUGGAAAAUCGAUUACCAGAUAUAUUUUUUUCCCUCACUUACCUCGCACAGAUAGAUUUAGACGAGAUCAUCUUUUCUUCAGUGUCAGAAUACUCACUUAUUUCACUAAUUUUACAUGUCUGUCAUCUCAGGAGAAAAAGCUAAGCUUUGCAACAAAAAAAAGAGUAUUUGGAUGCUACAAAUUUUGGUGGUGGGAUUUUUGAGCUACACUGCACAUAGUUUACACAUAGAAUUCAGGCCUUCCGAUUAAAUGGCAAAGAAUAUCAAUAUAGAACGCUAGGUAGCAAACCGAUAUGAAUUUCUGAUUCUGUGUCCAGAAUAUAGUCUGAUUUACCUGAUGCAGGCUUUUGCUAUAAGCCAGCCAUUGGCCACGUACUUCACGUAGCAUUCUCCUCCCCUCCCGCUAUCUGCGCUUUCUAUUUGUGAGGGCGAGAGUGUUUUUUUUCACUAUAGCAGAAUGAAUAUGGGUUCAACCAGACCAUUCUCUGAACUUUUGUUACUCUGUCAACAACAGAACAAGCCUUCAAACAGUAAAGAGUCAUAUUUCAUAUAUAAAUAUAUAUAUAAAUAUAUAUACUUUCACCUAAACACAUUUAUUCACAAAACACUGCCAAAUUGGUAAUAUUUCUACAUUUCAAUAAUGUAUGGUGUAUUUUGUGUUUUAUAAAAUGUACUUUUAUCAUAAUGCUUGUUUGCGUGUUUGAUGCUUCACAUAAAGACGGGCUCGUCCUCCCACCACCUCUAUAGCGGUGUACAAAUGACAAGCAGCGGUUUAUCUGCGACAGCAAGACUCCAGGAAGUCAUUGUGUCCGACAAUUAGAAAUAGUUAUAAACCCUAUACAACGGUACCUUGUCUCUUAUAAGCAGCUUUUUUUGGGGUACGUAUUCAACAAACGGGUCAUAGACAGGUUGGUGGAUUUUUUUUAAUUGGAUUGAGCCACACAGGAUUAAUCCCUUAUCAAGAAAGCAAAUACGUUUAUGUACCAAAACGUUAAACUAUUCUUUAAAGUGCUUUUGUUUGAACUAUUGAUGAAAUUUAUUAAGAAGAACGUAAGAAUAGAUAGAAUACAAUUAAGGGUACUUUAAUCUGGACCUGAGAAGCUUUGCUGUGAUGUUUACCAUGUUUUGACGAUGCCUAUGGGCCCAUAUCCAGUUAUCAGUUUAUGUCUUGACUCUUGUAUGAUAUAAUAUUCAUUUAAAGUAAAGUUGACUCUGUCCUUUUGGGAGUCAUGAGAUGAUCUGUUUACUUCUGUCAGGCCAAGGAGUGUUCAAGAAGACCAACUUCCCCAGCAUCCCGCUGUGCCUUUCUAUUGUUCAGCAGCUCGUUUUCAAGAAGAAAAUGCAGCAGUGCAUUUUUAUGAAUUUCAAGGGCUGAAAGUUCAUAUCUCGGUAAAUACAACAAAGUCUAACUGUAAAUGACCACUCGAUACUAAGCACUGAUGUACUUUCUAGCCUGUUGUGGAUACAGUACAAUGAAAAGUGAUUAAGACUGAGCUGUUCCUCGCUGGGACAAACCAAACAAUAUAUUGAACUUUUAUUUGCUAGGUUGCUGGAAACACCACUCCAGUUAAAAAGCUAACAUUGCUCAGUAUUUGCUCUAUGUGUAACUAAGCUGCUGUUGGUUAACACAUUUUUAUGAGGUGAUAUGUCAGUUUUGUGUUUACAGCUUGUUUAACUUGCUCAUUAACGCAGGUGUAAAGGCAGUCCUGUUUAUAACCUGGGACUUGUUUUCAUAUUUUAGUCCAUUAAUCUCUCGUUAUGGUUUGGUGCUAAGCUUUAUACCAGGUUCCAAAAGGGGCCACCAAAAUACAUCAAGUCCAUUUAAUCAAGUCCACUUACCAGCCUCAUGGUCUCUGCCAUUUCACUUUUAUUGCUCACCUCCACUUAAAAGCUCCACUGGACUCAAAGCUACACACAAAGCGGUGUUUAAGUGGAGCACAAGAUUAUGCUAAACUACACUCUAGAUAUUUGUGCCUAAACUAUGACACUAAGACCUAAGUCCUAGGUACUACAUCCAGCACACACUCAGUGCUUACUAUCAGUUGCUGUACUAUUUUAACUUUACAAAUUGUCACAAUGCUGAUGUUUUUUUUGCCUUUUUUUAAACAAGUGUUUCUGUCUCUGUGCCAGAUGGCUGGAUAUCUUGUUGCUAUUAAAAUGUAAUGUCAUUUCAACAUCUGAAAGCUGGCUUUUGUAAACAAAUUAAAUCCUAUAUA